AUGGCCCUCGUCUCCUGGGAUCCUUGCGUGCCUAAGCGCUACUGCUCCAGGAACUCUUCUAAGUUGAGGCAAUUGCCAGAGAAUUCCCAGGUGAUUGGUCUUCUCAACGUAGACCGCGACAACGGUGUAGAUAUCUUGCAAAACAUCACCGAACUAAUACUUGAAGGAAAUGAGUAUCAAGUCAACGAGAGCACUAGCCCCUUCUCAUACUCCUCACAGGAAAGUUUCAGAACUUACAACCCUAUCAAUCCACCCACAACUGGCAUUGUGGACACAAGGGUAAUGGUGGAUGGAUGUGACGACGAUGCCACCUGCAUUGCUGAUUAUAUACUUUCUAGUGACAUUAACUUGGCUAAGAGCACACUAGCAUCCAAACGAGACCUCAACAUGAGCACCAAUACUGUCGCUCGUACUCCACCAACAAUCUCAAUGAGUCAAACUGCCUUGCAUGGUACAUAUCAAGCAGCUAGCACAGUUACUGUUGUCGCAUCUCCAAGAGCUGGGUUGACGAUCAUGAGCAUCAAUUACACAGCUAAUGGUAUCACCGUGUCUGCUCAGAGAGUAUCCCCCAGUUCACUGGUCUUGUCAUGGACUCCUACUGAGAGGCAUCUCAAUGGCAGUGUGUCACUACAUGUGACAGCAGCCGACAGCAAUGGUGACAUCGCUACCAUGACAAUUCCAGUUGCUCUGUGCAGCUGCUAUGGAACUUGUCAGCCACUUACGUCCAUUUCUCUGACAGAACCCUUCACUCAACUGGGCUGUGCCUCUUGUGAAGCUGGUCGCACUGGUUCUAACUGUGACGAGGAUCUGGACAGCUGUAUUACAUCACCAUGUUCUAGUUCACUACACACGUGUACUGAUAUCCCGCUGCCUGGAGAUGGCUUCACCUGUUCAUGUCGCGCUGGUUUCACGGAGAGCAAUGGCAACUGCCUCGAUGUGAACGAAUGUGUAACUGGCGGUGGCCACAGCUGUCCACAAGGCCGCAGCUCAUGCACCAACACAGCAGGCUCCUAUCUAUGCCAGUGUUCGGCUGGCUACACAGGCGAUAACUGUCUAGAUAUGGACGAAUGCAGUUUAGAUGUGAACGACUGUAUACGUUCGAGGGGUUCAUGUAUUAACACGGCUGGAAGUUACGAGUGUGUUUGCCCGGAAGGUUUUGAAGGCACUGGAAGACAGGAUUAUGGUGGUUGUGGUGUUGUUCAAUGUAGAACACCUAAGAUUACCAAUGGAAAAAAGAACACAUCACGUAUACUUUAUGGAGAUACCGCUCGAUAUGCUUGUGAUGAUGGCUUUCGUCUACUCGGUGAUGGAUCACCAAACUGCACUGCAGAGGGCAAGCUGACAUCACUACCUAAAUGCGUUUCAAACCCAGUCGAGUUUGACAUUCCAGCAGGUAUUGAGGAUAUUGUUAACCAGUUGCAGGGCUGUGUACUCACAUCACAUCUACGACUGGGUACUCUCAUCAAUUCUCAGAUUUGCAUUUCAAGGCCAUUGAUUCGGGAGGGUUAG